AUGCGCAUUACCAAAGAGCAGGAGCCGCAGCAUGGUCCGAUUCCCCUGUCCACAUACAUGCGCAUCUACAAGAAGGGAGACAUAGUUGAUAUCAAGGGCACAGGCACCAUUCAGAAAGGUAUGCCUCAUAAGUGCUACCAUGGCAAAACAGGGCGUGUCUACAAUGUUACCCAGCAUGCAGUUGGCAUUAUUGUCAACAAGCAGGUCAAGGGCAAGAUCCUGGCCAAGAGGAUCAACGUACGGAUUGAGCACGUGAAGCACUCAAAGAGUAGGGACAGUUUCCUCAAGCGCGUCAGAGAGAACGAGAGCAAGAAGCUGGAGGCCAAGCAGAAAAGCAGCUGGGUGGAACUGAAACGCCAGCCAGCUCCUCCCCGCGAGGCUCACUUCGUCAGCACCAAGAAAAACGAGCCGCAGCUGCUGGAGCCCAUUCCUUAUGAGUUUAUGGCAUAAAAUGUUGGCCAAAAUAAAAAACAUUGUUCACA